AUGACACUGCCAGUCUCAGCAUGCGCUGAUACGAUCGCGCAGGACGUCGCCGAGUACCUCCGCGAUUCCGUACGCCUGAUUAGGGAAGGCCGGAUUGUCAAGGCCCUCAGCCCGCUGAGGACGUUCGAGUUGGCGUUGAAUAUCGUGUAUAUCGCGAUCCAGGCGGUGAUUAUCAUCCUGUUCAAGCCGCCCUCGUCGAAAUGCCGCAAGGCACUUGCUAAGCCGUAUGGUCGCAUUGCCGUGAUAGGUGCUGGGCUCACAGGGGUCUCAUCAGCUGCCCAUUGCGUCGCGCAUAAUUUCGAAGUCGUCAUCUACGAAGAGAACUCCCGAGACAAACUGGGCGGGAUUUGGGCGCAUGUGAACAGCACGUCAGGCCUGCAGCUGAAUUCGAUGCUCUAUCGCUUUCACCCUGCGGUAUUGUGGAGGAAGGCGUUCCCUCAGCAGAAGGAUAUUGUCGGAGAAAUUACUCGAGUGUGGAAAGAGUACGGUUUGGAAAGUCGUACUAAGUUCAAUAUGGAAGUCAAGUCCGUUCGUCGGGUCCCCGAUGACGAGAAGACCUCCUUACAGCCAGAGUGGAUCAUCAACGACGGUGAAGACGGCGUGUUCAACGCUGUCAUCGUCACUGUCGGGACCUGUGGCAAGCCGAAGUGGGUGAAGAUCGAGGGUAUGCCUGAGGACGUAGGCAAAGAGGCAGAGAAGGACGAGAACGAGGAGCACGAGGACGAAUGUGCCGCUGGCCCAUUCUCGUACGCUACUGCCGUCAAGAAUGAAUACGAAGCCCCACAUCAAGAUGAUGGAAAGUCCGAGGACGACGAAGAAUGCGCCGCUGGGCCUUUCUCGUACGCUGCCGCUGUGAAGUACGAGCACCCCUCGGAGGGACCCACUGGCCAACGUGACGAAAAGAAUGAUAGUGCCAAGACCAAUGGCUGCACUAACGGACCAAAGCAUAUAAAGCACACGGAUCAGCGUAAGGAGACGUUCGCUCAGACGAUCAUACAUUCGUCGCAGCUGGACACAAUCCCUGGGUGGAAGCUGGAGGGCAAGAACGUCGUAGUGAUUGGAAGCGGCGCAAGCGGUGUCGAAGCCGUCGAAACUGUGUUGGAACGCACCGAGGGGGGCAAUGUGUGGAUGGUCGCUCGGUCGGAUAAGUGGAUCAUCCCUCGGAAUAUUGUGGUUGAUACGGUGUUGGCGUGCCAGCCAUUCGGGAGGCAGAUGCCGCUCAGUUUCCUCUGGGAGUUCUUCCUGACCCACUGGCACUACACCGGAGUUAAAGACCUCGUCCCUGCUAACAAAGGGAUAUUUGAGGGGACACCGGUGGUCAACGACGAGUUCCUGGAGCAUGUACGCACGGGGAGGUGUGUCUACGUUCGGGGCGAUCCAGUUCGGUGUACAAAAAAUGCUGUUGUGGUGAACGAGCGUAAACGGGGCACGAAACCUGGGGAUCGUGGCAGAGAGAUCCACCUCGACGCAGACAUAAUCGUCUUAGCUACGGGUUUCGAGAAGCCAGAUAUCAGCUUCUUGGAUGACGGGCUGUUCCCGGACGGUUACCAACGCCCGGAUCUGUACCUCCAGAACUUCUCGACUGAGGAUUGGUCGAUAUUGAUGACGAAUUCGGCGUACCAGAGCGCUAUUGGGACCGUGAAACUUCUAGACACGCGCAUAUUGCUAGUCCUUCUCAUGGACGAGGGAGCCCGGCCCACCCCCAAGGACAUGAAGCUCUGGGUGGAUGUCGUGCGUUUCAUCAAACGCGGCGCUUCUGGCGGUGCCUUUGGGUUCUUUACCUACGCCGAAUUGACUAUGUGGUUGCUGGGGUUCCAUCUUUUGAGGCCAGACAGGUUGCGCUGGAUUCUGUUUAUUAUGCAGGGCUGGGGUGUGCAUCCCAAGUAA